AUGCUCGAGCCAAGGGAAGCUGAUAUACCUGCUCUGUUUCUGUUCUUGGUUGUGCUUCCCCUUGUUACCUACAUUUUACUUGGGAAGUGGAAUGAGGCAGCAAAGAGGAAUGCCAGAAUAAGUAUGUUGGCUCGAUUAGCUGCUGAAGAAGCUAUCAGAGUAGAAGCAAUGACAAGUGCUGAUGUCAUUUCAAUGGGACCUCCGAUGAAGAAUGGACUACAUCAGUGUGCAAGAUGCUGUAGUCCUGCUACCACUCGCUGUUCUAGAUGCAAGUCAGUUAGAUACUGGUAUGAUCAUUUCAUUAUUGAAUUGUGAGUUCAUUCAUAAUUUCUUUUAUGCUAGUCAUUCAUGGAAUUUUCUUCUUUCUGUUUUCCUUGAUGGUAGACUGUUGCUAUGGGUGGAGGGAUGUGUUUCGGGAGUUGAUACGACAAAUUUCUUAUGCAUAGCUGUUCUUGAUGCUGUUUAUCUUUGAAAGAUAAUAUCUUACGUCAUUCGGAUUUAUUAUUUUAUGAAUGUCUUUUGGUUUAAGUUCUUCAUCCACGUGUCAUUAUUGUAGCUUAAGCUAUCAAGGUGGCUUGUGAGACUCGGUAGGCAUCAUUAACCUCAUUCUUGUUUGUCGAGGAGAGUGACACGUUUUCAAUUCUAUAGUAGCUAUUUUUGGUGCUUCAAAAAUCAGUUCAGCUGGAGUGGAAAUGGCUGCAUCUUUCUAAUGUUCUGCCCAUAUAAGCUGGCUUGCAAGGGACCAGGAUAGCAGCAUUGAAGGGAAAACUGACGAAAAUGGACGGAUUCGUGCUUGAAUUGCUAAAUUGGAUUUUUCGAUCCAGUUCUCAUUCAGAUUAAAGUUUUUAGUUCCUUGAAAUAUUUUGUUUCACAAUUUUUUUGCUCAUCUUAACAAUUUUUCUUGCUAAAAUGAAGCAAUUUUUUGGUUGAAAACUGCUCCAUCGUGGGCCAAAAAAGGGAUGAAAAUUGAAAUUUUCGAAUGGGUUCUAUAUAAACUUUGUUUUUUUUUUCUCGUGUUGCUGUUAUUUCCAUAAUUCUUUUGUAAGCUGUUACCUUUAAAACUUUUUCUAACAGUUCUGGCAAGUGUCAAAUAAUUCACUGGAGACAAGGGCACAAGCAAGAAUGUCAGCAGCAGGGUGGCGAUGCUGUAAAUAAAUGUAGUAGUGAAGCUUUGACGACUGAGAAUAUGCACCCCAAGGCUUUGCUUGAGGACAACAGAAAUGCAUCGUUUGGUUCAAAUGACUUGGAUGAGUCAAUACAUAAGUCAGACAUGUCAGAUGGUUCAGCUAUUGGCGAACACUUCCUUAUUUCAACUGUGGAAAGAGAUACACCUGAGAGAAGGUUCUCCAGCAGACAGAAAUGGGAUGCCUCGAGAAACGAAGGUGUUUCUAGUUUCUCUUAUGGAGAAACUGACGCUCGUGAUGCUAGCAAUGUAACUCCUUACUCAGGCACCCCACAAAACGAGUCUCCAGGCAAUGAAGCUUCUAGGAGAGUGAAGGUUACUAUGCUUUUAGUUGUUCAUUAUGUCUCUCUGAUUUGUUGACUUAACAAUGCAUCGUCUAACCAUCUUUUUCUAUCGUUUUGCAUUUGCAGUCUGGAAAGGACAGCUUCAUUGCAUCACACGAAACACUUAGGCAUCAAAAUGGCAACACUCCAGUUUAUGUCCGUGUUCCGACUGCCCCAAAAACUGCUAUGUGUGAGCCAGAUAAAGUAACAGAGCAAUCUACCAGUGCAUUUGAGUCGACCUCCCUCAAAAACAAUUCAUGCGCAGAGAUGGGGCUUACUACAUAUAAAAACAGUGUAGUGGGAGGGGAGUUUUGUGCUAAUGGAAAAGUAGACUCAGAUUCUUCCAAUGAAAAGACGGUGCUCACUGGAGGAACGAAAUUUAAGAAGCCUCCGUAUACUUUAGAACCAUCAAAGUAUCUAUCGCAAAAGUCUGUGAUGAAAGGGUUAAGAGAAAACUUAUGUUCAGGUUCAGAGAUGACUUCAUGCACGACAAAAGAAUCUAGUACGUUUAUGUUGCUAUCAGGGAUUCUUUCUAAGCUUUGUCUAUCAAUUUGUGUUGCUUGAUGGUGUGAUUCUAUUGCAGAUGUUCUUGAUGCGAGUGCUUCUGCAGCAAAUCACGCUCAAAGAAAUCAUGGAGCUUUAGCCACUGAGGAUAUCAAGACAUUUGUUGUCAAGAGAUCGCCUAAAAUUUCUAAACGGAGUGUUUCCGGAAAUGUGGGCGAUAGUUUAAAGAAAAUUAAGGUUUGGAUGUCUUCCUGAACCCAUUAUGUGCAUGAUUUAAGUACUGAAUAUUGUAGUCGCACUUCUAGGCUGCACGGAAAUGAACUUGGCAUUCUUUUUUUACUCAACGUUUUUUUCUGUUAUACCACAGAUGCUGUUCCCAUAUGAAGAACUUGUCAAGUUCUUUCAGUGUGAAGUUUGUGAUGUCUCACCCAGGGGGCUGUUAAAUUGUGGAAACAGGUCUGUCUUGUUUCACCUUCCUAAUCAUCUUUUUCUGCUCUGUGGAAAAAUAUUGGCUAGUAAUUUGACUUCUCUCUGUAUGACUAUUUCACUUUCCAAUUUUAACUUACCAAAGUGUGUUCCUUGUUUGGACGCUGUUGAGUGUUCAUACAGAAAAUACAAUGAACGCGAAAGCUCUAUUACUAUGCUAACGGUUUUGGAGUGGAUUUUACGGAGCUAAUUCAUGUUUGAACUUGUUCCAAAUUCAUGUUUAGUGCCAAGGACUCUAAUGUCUUCAGAGUUGCUAUGUCCAGAGAACAUCAGAAAAAUAAAAUUCCUUGCAUCGGAUGUCAACGAUUUGCAAGACGUCUGUGACACAAUUGUGAAGUGUUUCUCUGAUGUUUGUUGUAAUUUAAUAUAAAUAUACUUCAACUUUAUGGAAUAAUAUACCAUACAUCUCACCGUUCGCCCCAUCCACUGCAGUUAAGUAGUUAGUAUUCUUUUUCUUAGAUGCUACAGAUUUUUCAUAAAGAUUGAUUGACCAAGUCCAUCAUGCCACACCUUAAAAGAGUCUUUAGCGUACUACUUUGGAUUUCAAUUGGAAGUGAUUUGUUCCUUUGCUUCAUUACAUCCCGAUCCACCCAAAGGGGUGAUGGGCAUUUAGAUCAGUUUUGACCAGCCUUUUUUGAUGUUUUUGCUGAAAGUCAGUUGCGAUCAGCCUACAAGUCAGGUGAACGAAACGUUUUGUCUUUAGGCUUCAAUUAUGAACGUCUACUGUGGCAGUGCUUUUUGUUAUGAUUGCCAUCCUCUAGGUAAAUGGUUCACAGAGAGAUUGGGUUUGAUAACGCCCCUAUUGAAGGAUCAGCCUAAGCUAGAAUUAAGUAUUAAAAGUAAGAGACAGGUGUGCAGAGGAUCGUCACAGGUUUUGACUGUAUUGCAGCCCACCCCCUAUUGAAGGUGUCUUAUAUUCUUGAUAAGCCAUAUUUCUGAAGGUCUAUAUUGUGCAACUAUUGGUUGCUGGUGUGCUACACUAGACAGAACAAUAACAUCUUGCAUAGCUAGAGUAGCAUGACAAACAUGUUACUUCUUAUUCGAGGUGUCAUAGAUUCAUGGAAGGUUGUGGUCGAAUUUAGAUAUUUGUAAGCAAGUGGGCUGAAGGUGCCGUCAAGUGGUUGUUAGUGCUCAAGCCAUUGAGUGAAUGGCCAGUUUAUUAAGAAAGCGCUAUUUCUCUCUGGCCCCUUUAUUAGUGGCUUGUUCAUGUUGAUUAACUGCUAACUGCUCCUCUUUCUCACUGUUUACUGGGUGUUGCUAUUAUAAACCUUAGAGACUAGUUCGGGCGAAACUCCCAAAAAUGUAGAGAACUAUAGUGCCUUUCUGCCAAGGUAGUAUGUUACUCAGGCGAUUGUGUGUGGUGCAGCUUUAUUCUGAUAACUUUUGCUUGCUCGAUCAGAUACCAUUUUUGUAUCCAAGUAACUCAAGUAAAUGCCAGAUCAACUAGAUUUUCCCUAGGUCCCGCUCACUGAUUCAAUGCCGGUUUAGGCAGAACUUGCAGCAUACGGUAUUUUUUUCCUUAAUUAUUCUCUUUUCUUCUCUUCAUGUAGCUCUUCAAACGUAUAUAGCACCUUCAAUAAAGCAUUGCAUUGGUCUUAUUUAGUUUCUUAUCCGUUUUGUACCUUGAAAUCUGCGUGAGACACGCUCUUUAGCUCCGUAAGGUCUCUUCCUGUCUUCAAAAUAUCAUUAUAUCUACCUACUUCUUUGCCACAAACGAUCGUACUGUCAUUCUUUUGGUCAACUGUUUUUGAAUUACUGGCCAAUGGAUGAUCCUUGCACCAAUAAUGUUUACAUUGAUUGCCUUUUAUGGCAUGUGAGAACCUUUCUUGCGCCUUAUACUUCCACGUACAUAAAUCUAAGAGGUGUGCUGUAUGGCUAAUUAAAAGAGUCCUGGAGGUACUGUUUUUUGUCUCCCUUGCCAUUAAACAGUCCAUCUAAAUGAAGUAUGAGUAAUGUAUUGCUUUGUGACAGUUGUGACUUUUGGAAUAGUUGGAUCUGAUGGUUAUAUUAUUUUACUUCAUGUCUAUGCUAGGAUUGGUGGUAAAAUUAACAACUGAGUGUAAAAAUCACAACGUUUGCCACCUUGUAGUAUUUAUGCUGACUGAAGAAGAAUGUGAGAUAUUUGUCUGGGGGCUUUCCUUCAGAUGAAUCUAGAUAUAAUAGAUGGUCAUCUCUCUUGUUUAUUACCCCUUUAGAGUUCACCCUUUGGGAAGGGCACCGUCUUUCAUAAGAGUUUAAGGAGAAACUACUCCAAAGAUGUCUGUUCCUUUUGUCAAAAGUUAAUGUAUUAACCCACUCAGCAGCCUUUCAACUUACAUUUCAAAUAUUGGAAAUUGUAAGGUAGUUGAAAUCAUGAUUACCCAGAAAAAUUGAUUCCACUUAUGAAUUCAGUAUAUGGAAUUGCAUGGUGGAAUUCAGGAGAUCUAAUUGCUCCCUGAGGUCUGAUACACGUACUCCAAAUUAUGAAAGUUGUCUGUCUAUCUAUUUGUACAUUACUAUUCAGACUUACGCACUCAGAUAUCUCUCUUUGGAUAUCUGCAAUUGAAUAGCUUUUCGUCAUCUUAUUGACUAAUUCUGUAUGAAAAAUUUUGCUUGUGUAUGUAACUAUGGCAAUUCCCAAUGAUUCAGCGAUGCAAUCGUUCACUAUUCCAUACUUUAAUCUAUUAGUUGAUCAAUAAUGGUCUGUAGCUGCUGUGUUCAAUAUUUUUGGCUUCCAUUGUAGCGCUGAACAUCCUUCCUACAAUGGGGACACGUUUAUGAUGACACAUAUUGACCUGUUUUUUUAUAAUGUCUUCCUCUUGCCUUUUGAAGUUUCGAGUUAAUAAGGGAUUUGAAAUAGUUUGGGAGGAUUGUGAAAAAAAGGGCAGACUGAUCAAAAUACUGAUCUCAUGGUUAAUAAAAGUGGUUUGUUUAAGGACGAGCAAGCUGGCGCCCUUCUGGAAAGUUGGGAAGAAGAGAUGAUACCCAGUUAUAUUAAAUACUUGACCGUAACUAUGACGUAGAAGUAUCUACAUUAAUUUUCAUUUCAAACAGAUUUGAGCGGUUGAACUGGACGGAAAAGUGAAAAGUGCGAACACCCAUAGUUGUGGAGCACUAUCAAGUAUUUUAUCUCUAUUUUCUUCGUGAGAGUCAUUAUAAUCAGUUUUUCACCAUAUUAUCUUUCUACUGGGAAAAAUAUAUUUUUGAUCCCGUUAUUAGUUGUUAUUAUACCAGACUUUGUGCUUCAUACUCUUAUUCAUGUUUUAAGCUCACCGUUUCGGAUUAUAUCUCUAUAUCAUUCAGAAUUUCGAGUUGAAUCCAUUGGUUUGUAGCUUAAAGAUGAGAUAACAGAACUAGGAACUUAUUUUAUCCAGGUCCAAUGUACGAAUAGUACAGCAAGAUGUAAUUUUGUUGAAGAAGACUUCUGACGAGGCACUUGAUGUGACAAGGUCACUAUGUUGGCCAGAUUGUCCAAAGUGUGAUCCUUUUGUAUUUGGUUUCAUAGGUAUCCUAAUGCCUUGAUACUAUGUAGCACAUUGUUGCUGAGCAGAAGACUGGAGAACUAUGGGGUUGUGACACAUUCAGCUGAGAGAAUGGUACAAUUUAUAAAGUGAUAAUUUGCCUAUGCCCAUAUAAAUGAAAUAACUUAACAGCUGAACUUGACACUCGAGAAACGGUAUUAAUAUAAAUCUGGCAUCCAGUGUGCUGGCAGUGGAAUAGGUGAUAUUUGGAUUCUGCUCACUUUUUGUGAUCGUUACCAAUGCCUUGCAAGUUUCCUAAGUAGUCGAAUCCAUAACAAAAGUGGUGAUAUUUGGAUUCUAAUUGAAUCUCUAUCGCCCAACCCAGUAUUUGCCGUGCUCGCCAAUCUGAGGAAAACCAUUUCUUCUUUCAGUUUCUGAAGAUUUGCAUCUGCUUUAGUAUUGAUAUAAUGACUAAGGCCCAAAGGUACUUGCAACAUGGUAAAGUUUGCACCGAGUGACAUUUUCAUCUGCUAUUUAAUCCAGGUUGCAUAUCUACGAUUCCAUUAAUGCUCUGGUUAUUUCUCCCUGAGGUUCUCUCCAAUUAACAUUAAAAGGGAUCUGGGUUUAUUGCAUAAUUCUUCUUAACGUCGUUAAGUUGAGGUUUUGCUGUAUCGGCUCGACUUUAUUCUCCAGUUAGUUUGAGUGAGGAUGUGUGAUAUCUGCAGAUUGCGGUGACUUCAGCCUUCUGCUUGUGCCCUUUCGGACAAGUCGUGUACGAAGCACUGCCAAUGAAGCCGAGUUUAGUGAACAGUUUUUUUUUUUUUUUCUCAAUUUCCUUCCUCAUCCUCGUCGGCCAACGUUAUCUUUUAAUGCUUCUACCAAUCUCACUCAUCCCCAGUCUCUCUGCGUCUCCUUUUCUCCUUAUUAUGUAAAUGGCCGGUUGCUGCAAAUGCGACCUCUCUGUGAUGUGAGUAUUGUCGCUAAAAGCUUUGGUAAUUAUUGCAUAUCCCCAGUUGGCAAAACCUUCUUGCCAAAGUGUCUCUUGUCUUCCUUCUUUCUUUAAUUCUUUCAGGUCACUGACCUAAUCAACUGCUCAUGCAUCCAGUCAGAUAAUGAACACUUCCUUAAAAAGCAUGAUGCUCGGUGGUCGAGUCUUUUUGUGCAUGGCACUUAUUUGUUGUUUUUUCUUCCUCGUGCUGGUAUUAUGUCUACUGUUUUUUUUCUGACAUUUAUGUGGAAUAGGUAUAUCUGUUUGUUACCUUCAACCCUUUUGUGAAACAUCCAUGACUGAGUCAGCUAUGGGUGUAUACGAUUCUUUACCCGUCCAGAGCAUCUCUGGUCUAGUGAUAGCCCACGUUGAACUUUUUAUGCGUCACUAAUCCCAAUAGCAAGAACAAUUUGCACAUGAUUUAUGGAAUCCUUAUUUAGCUAUUUUGCGAUUUUUUUCCAGAGCAGAUAUCUUUUUGUUACCAAAACAGAUAUUUUUACCAAAAAAGAUUUGUGCUUUCUGGGGCCAAGUCAUUGUUGCUUGGAAUUUAUGAAAUGCCCAUGUAUGAUUUAUUUUUAUGUUCCAUGUCAUCUUUUCACUGUUUGUUUUUUCACCAAUGCAGUUGCUAUGCUAAUGCGGUCCUGCAAUGUCUAACCAGCACAAAGCCUCUCUUAAUCUACCUUCUUCGGAGAAUGCAUUCAAGAAACUGUAUCCUUCAUCUCUUACAUCACCAUAUUCUUUUGUCAAAUCACACAUGUUGGCUGGUCACUAGUCAUUGUUUGGUCUAUAAUCUCCUCUUUUCUGUUUGGUUUAUGUAAUGCUAGGCACGGCGAGAGAUUGGUGCCUGAUGUGCGAGCUUGAGCUGCAUGUUUCGAUGUUGCGAGAAAGUGGGGGCCCUCUUUCUCCCAGUAGACUACUUUCCAACAUGAGGAACAUUGGGUGCCGAAUAGGCGGUGGAACCCAGGAAGAUGCCCAUGAAUUUUUGAGGUGCGGCGGGUGACAUUUUUUUAUCUGCCUUUAUUUAUAUGUUGUUUAUCUGUAACACUCCAAGUAUGUAGACCUUGCAUUAGUCAACGAAAUCCAGUUCUUCAUCUUGAUGGAUCUGUUGACUGUAUCUAUCUAUCUAUCUAUCUAUCUCUUGCAACCAUUCUUCAGGCUUCUGGUGACGUCCAUGCAAUCUAUCUGCCUCGAGGGUCUGGGUGGGGAGAAGGAAGUUGAUAUAGGGCUGCAGGAGACAACCCUAAUACAGCAGAUGUUUGGAGGCCGCAUUAGAUCAAAGGUGAUUCUGCAUAAACAUCAAAAUCGCUCUGGGUUUCUCUCAUCAAUAUUGCCAACCAAGAUCAUAUUGUUCUUCUGCGAAUAUCUUUUGAAACUAGUGUUAUAUUUAAAUAUCAUCAGGUCAAGUGUCUCAGAUGCCACCUCGAAUCUGAACGUUAUGAGAAUAUCAUGGAUCUUACUCUGGAGAUACAUGGAUGGGUUGAGUCGCUUGAGGAUGCUCUGACCCAAUUCACCGCUCCUGAGGAUCUAGAUGGUGAAAACAUGUACAGAUGUGGAAGGUAUGACGACCGUGUUCUUCUCUCUAGUUAAGCCCUCCCGUUGCAAAAGAAAGAAAGAAAAAAAAACAUUUCAUUGGCUGUAGGUUGCAUUCUUAGUGAUGUGUUGUUGCCCUGCGGUAAUGGCGCCAUGUAGGUGUUCAACAUAUGUUAAAGCUAGAAAGCAACUAAGCUUGCAUGAAGUCCCCAACAUUCUUACAAUCGUUCUGAAGAGAUUCCAGGUACUUGUUCCCUUGUAUUUCGGAGAUUGCUUGAGAUUUACCGAUUUUCCGGGGACAGCUGGUGGUAGAUUCAUUGUUUGAAAAAAUAAAUAAAUUAAAGAAUCGGAAUUGUUUCAUAAUCUCUCAUGUGCACAUGUUGAUGUAUACCAAGCAAUAAAUCGUAGCAAUUUUUAUUUAUUUAUUUAUUUAUUAUUGCGAAUAGAUGUGCUAUAUAUAAUAGUUCACGAAGGUGGCUGAACUUUGCACAUCUGCUAUUGCUUCCCUAGCAGAGAUAUAGUUUUUCGGUAAUAGACUAUAAAUAAUAUCAUGCCUGAACUUUAGAGUCAGUAAAGUUUGCCCUGGACUUUCCCUCUCUAGACUUUGAUAUCUUUCCUACUCUCCAUUAUGAAAAAUUCUGUCACGUCAAGGAUACGUGGGUUGGUCGACAUUUAGAUGAUAAAGAAGGAGAUGUUUGAAAUAAAUAAAUAAGGUAAAAAAAGAAGAAAAGAAGUGGAAAGUGGAAAGAGUUUAUUGCGCUCUUACACUGGGACUCUUAGUCCGUGUGUUUUUCUGGGGCUUUUCUUUCUAUAAUUUCAUGCAGCUGCGUGGGUCUCUCUCUCUCUCUCUCUCUCUCUCUCUAACUUUUAUCUUUUAUUGUUUUUAUUUUAUAUGAUCUUUCUGUGGACUGAAUGAAUGGAUUCGGCCGUCGUUUCAUAUGCAUUCCAUCUGGCGUUGACUUUUGGCCGGGGGUUCAUCAGACAGGAAAAUAUGGGAAGAUCAAUAAGUACGUGACCUUCCCCGACUUGCUAGACAUGAUACCGUUCAUGACGGGCACCGGCGACAGCCCGCCACUCUACUUGCUCUACGGCGUCGUCGUCCACCUGGACACCUGCAACGCCUCCUUCUCCGGCCAUUACGUGUCCUACGUGAAGGAUUUGCAAGGGUCGUGGUUCAAGAUCGACGACAGCGAGGUAACCCUCCUCCUCCCUGUCGGCAAAAAAAAAAAAAAAAAAAAAACCCAUUUGCUUCCAUUAAAGUCAACCGUGUUUCUCUUCAGAUUCAUUUGAUUUGAUUUGUUUUGAUUUGAUUGAUUCUUCUCAACGGCUUUGGGUGGAUUCUGUAUCCGAACAGAUGGAUGGAUGAUGAAUCGUCCCUGAUUCUGGGUCUCCAUCCUCUGAUCGAUAAAAAAAAAAAGAAAAAAAAAGAAAAAAAAAGAAAAAAAAACAAGAAACUCUCUCUAAUGCCCAGCUUUUUUUUUUUCUUUUUCUUUUUCUUUUAAUUCUGUUAUUUGGUUCUCUCUCUCCUCUCCUCCUUCUCUUCCUCCUCACUCCCUCCUGCAUGGACAGGUCCAGGCCGUGCCCUUCAGCCAGGUGAUGUCGGAGGGCGCUUACAUGCUCUUCUACAUGAGGUGAGCCUUCUCUCUCUCUCUCUCUCUCUCUCUCUCUCUCUCUAUUCUGGCUGAUGAUCGGGCUCCCUGCCGCCGCCGCAGGUCGUUCCCCCGGCCGCCGAGCUGCUACGCUGGGAAGCCCCCCGCCGCCCAUACGCCGGCUCCGGCGAGGCACCAGAAGGCCGAUUCCUCGUCGCCGCGACACGGGCGGAGCCGCCAGACCGCCGCGGCGCAACCCACCGUCGGCGGCGACCCCGCCGACGGCUGCACCGUGAGGUACGCCGGCGGCAACUCAGAGCCGCCGGGGGGGGCCCUGGACUUCUCCGACGCGACGUCGAGCGACUGGUCGCUGUUCACGAGCUCCGAUGAGUCGUCCUUCACCACGGAGAGCGUUAGCGACUCCUUCAGCGUGGCGGACUACUCAGACACUGCCGCCCUCGACCCCAUCUCCUCCAUCUUCGGCUACCACCUUCCCGACCGCGCCGCCGCCGCCGCCAGCCGCAGCAGCGGCAGCAGCCUCUCCCACGCCAGCGCCGCCUCUGGCAGCCCCUCCCAGACCCACUUCUUCCGCGAAACCAGGGGCUUCGUCGUCGACUCCUACGGCGGUGGUGGCGGUGGGGGCACCGCCCACAAAGGGAGGGUCCCCAGGACGGGCGGUGACUGCAGCAUCUCGGCGAGGUACGGCAACGGCAACGGCGGCGGCGGCGGCGGCGGCGGCGGCGGCGACACCAAGCAGCACCGCCUUGUGCAGAGGACCGGGUGGGCGGAUGGGUAG